GGAAAUUGAUUUUGUUGACUUUUCCUCUUAAUGUCUCCUUUACGCUUCUACGCAGCCAACUAAUGAGCUUUCAAUUUCCUUUCUCAACUCUUUACCCUGCCCACUGAAUCCCGAUCAUCCAUAGGUGCUUUCAAUCGUCCCCUUUUUUCUGCCUAUCUUUAUGGUAAUUCCACAUACGUUGUUCCUCGUUUAUCGAGAACAAAAUCUAUGAUGAAAUUUCGAAUCAUGCGUUGGCGUUGGCAUUGGCAUUUGCGAAAGAGGAAAGCAAAAAGCGAAAAACAAAAACAAAGUGCGAGCUGGACUUCAUCAAUCAAAUAUCUUCCGAGUGACAUUUCCCUUGACAUCCUUAAAAGACUACCCAGCACGUCUCUCUUCACAGUGAAAUCAGUAUGCCAGGAUUUUUACCGUUUGACAAGCCAUCCUGAGCUCAUUCUUCAUCACCAUCAUCUCCACAAGAACCCUUACGGGCUCAUAAUUCGAAUUUCGCCGGCCUCAUACAUCAACGAACCAUACUAUACCAACCAAUUGUAUCUUGUCGAUAGCCGGAGAGGUUUGGCAGAAAUCAUUCAGCCGAGGAUGAAAAAGAAAUACAGUUCUGGACCAAUGCUCUCCUGCAAUGGGUUGGUAUGUCUACUAUAUUACAAGAAGAAACUUGCCCCUUUACGUCAAUAUCGAGCUUGUUUGUUCAACCCGUUAACUGGUGAGCAUAAGUUUUUACUUGAUCCUGGGUUACCAAGAGUACGGGAAUCAAGCCAUAAUGGCACUGUUGUUACAUCUGACCAAUAUUUUGGGUUUGCAUUCGAUGCAAUGACUGAUCGCGAAUGUAAGUUGGUAAGAAUUGUAAAACUUUCAUACGAGGAUGGUCGGACUUAUUUGCAGGCGGAGGUGUUCACUCUCGGAAAAAAUGGUUGUCAGAUUUCUGAAAUCGACGUCCCAUUUGUUUGUCCGGAUCAAUCAUCCGAUGUUGUGGUGGGUGGUGCAAUUCACUGGCUAUGCGAAGAUGAAAACUCAACUGCCCGGAGUUAUAGCAAGUCGAGAAAUAUCAUCCUUUCAUUCGAUUUGUUUGAAGAGAAAUUUCAUCAGAUCCCAAAACCGAACUGCGAAGUUUGUGAAUUUUACAACAUAUCGGUGCUGGGAGGAUGCCUUGCCAUAACGGGUGGUUUUAGAGAAACGAGUAGGACGCAUGAGGUUCAUAUAUGGCUGUUGAAGGAACACGGUGCGAAGGAGUGCUCAUGGACCAGAGAAUUUGUGAUCAGUCAAGGUUUUAUGAGGCUUUAUCCUUUAUUUCUCUUAAGUAGUGGCGAGAUUGUGAUGUCUUGCGAUUCGAAAGCUUUAUUCUGUUAUCAUCCAGAAGGAGAUUGCUUCAACAAGUCCGCUGAACUCGACCUGUCAAUUGUGGCGAUUUGCCAUGCCUGUAGUCUUGUUUCACCAUUUGGUCUCUAGCCUAGCUAGCCUGGUUACUCUGCUUUGAUCAGUUUGGGACAACUUCAACGCCUGUACAUACAAAUUUCUGUAAAUGCUAAUUGUAUAUUUCUAGAAAA